ACCAUAACAGGCCUCUCCACUCUACGGAUCUCCUAGCUAUCUUUUUGAGCCUAAUCUACAACUCGUCGCACUGCCGUCCGUGAUGCCUAAGGAAACUCGCCAUCGAACCGGUCUUCACCAACAAUCUGUCCGACUACCCAAGCGCCAGUUCGCAGCACAGGACAAUGCAGUCGAACACGUUGAUGUAGGAUCUCUGGAAGGAGUCUCCGGCAACGAAAUUCUGGCAUCCCUUACGACGGUGCCGGAGGACGCGGACAAAGUUACGUUGAAGAAAAAGGACAAACUGCAGCUUAAGCGCGAUCUCUUCUUACGACGCCUGGAAGCUGCUCAGUCUCCAUACUCAAAAUCUCACGAACGUCGGUUACGACGGCGCAAGAACAACCAGUUCGGCAGCGGAUUGAACGAUAUGGCCGUUGCAUUAUCCGCCGUGGAGGAGCAAGUGCCUCAGGCUGUGAAAUUAUCAGGCACAAGCGAGCGCGAGCCUCCAAAGGAUGAACACGAAACGCCCGUACCUCAACGUCGGAAGGUUCCUCAGGGACAGAUUGGCGAGGGCAAAGGUGUACCCCUUACACAAGCCCAGAGGAAGAAAGCGCUGAAAACCGAGCAGCUUCGCCUGCCUGUCAUUGUCGCAAACCCAGAGUUCGCCAAAAACCCCUUCGCAGCAAUCCGGACCCAUGCUCAAAACACCCUUUUGAAGCAUGACAGAGCAUCAUAGAAUAUGCUAUCCUAAUGUUGUGGCGUUUCCUUUUAUUUUCCUCCUCCGCAGACCUGAAUAUAAUCGGUGCAGGCAGGUAUCCAGUGUGUGGUAUUCCGGUAAUUAA